UCUGAACACAGUCACAGUACUACUACCACUACUCUCUCUCUCUCUCUCUCUCUCUCCCCGUUUGUAUUUCAUAAUAACAAACAAUGGACUACGGCAGGCUCGGAAAGACCGAGCCUGGAUCCGAACCACUUCCGAAGCAACAGUCUGACCCCACGUCGAAUCCCCCACUGACGAAAAGCCUAAGGCCGAAGCUCCUUUUGGUCUUCGCAGCCGCCUUUCUUGUCGCCUCGGGCGUGUCGGUAGCAAUCAUCAUCGGGAUCCGGGCCCGAGCCUCAAGCGGGUCCGGAGCCACAGUCCACAGCAGGAAGCCAAGCCUGGCCAUAUCACGAACCUGCAGCAAAACUCGGUACCCGGAUCUCUGUGUCAACUCGCUCCUCGACUUCCCGGGCGCCGUCUCGGCCAGCGAGCGCGACCUCGUCCACAUUUCGGUCAACCUGACGCUCCAGCGAUUCGGCCGAGCCCUCUACGCCUCCUCCGAGAUCAACAACCUCGCCAUGGACACUCACGUACGGUCCGCCUACGUGGACUGCCUCGAGCUCCUCGACGACUCGGUCGAUCAACUCACUCGCUCACUCACCUCUGUUUCUAUUUCUCCCGACGGCAAUGUACGGCCGGUGGAGUCCACUCCCGACGUGCUGACUUGGCUGAGCGCCGCUUUAACCAAUCAGGACACGUGUACGGAGGGAUUGGGGGAUGUGAGUGGAUACGUGAAGGAUCAGAUGGAUGAGAAGCUUAAGGACUUGUCGGAGUUGGUGAGUAAUUGUCUGGCAAUUUACUCGGCGGCGAACGGGAACGAUGAUUUCGUCGGAAUUCCGAUUCAGAAUCGCCGGAGACUGAUGGAAUCCGAUGAUCGCCGGGAUGAAUUGCCGGAGUGGUUGAGCAGGAGGGAGAGAUUGCUGCUGGAAUUGCCUGUGGCGGCGAUGCAGGCAGAUAUGGUGGUGUCAAAAGACGGUAGUAACGGAACUUAUAAGACCAUUUGGGAAGCGAUCAAGAAUGCGCCGGAGAAGAGUAAUCGGCGAAUCAUAAUCUACAUCAGGGCAGGAAGGUACGAAGAAGACAAUUUGAAAGUGGGGAGGAAGAAGACGAAUCUGAUGUUUAUAGGGGAUGGUAAGGGCAAUACCAUAAUUUCUGGUGGUAAAAGCGUGGCCGAUAAGUUAACGACAUUCCACACUGCAUCGUUCGCGGCCACUGGCAGUGGUUUCAUUGCCCGGGACAUGACAUUCGAGAACUGGGCCGGACCCAGCAAGCACCAAGCUGUGGCUCUCCGCGUUGGAGCCGACCACGCGGUGGUCUACCGGUGCAGCAUCCUUGGCUACCAAGACACACUCUACGUUCAUUCGCAACGCCAAUUCUACCGCGAAUGCGACGUCUAUGGAACGGUUGACUUCAUAUUUGGCAACGCAGCAGUAGUUUUGCAAAAUUGCAGCAUUUACGCAAGAAAGCCCAUGGCUCAACAAAAAAACACCAUCACCGCCCAAAACCGCAAAGACCCAAACCAAAACACUGGUAUUUCAAUCCACGCCUGCAAAAUCCUUGCCACGUCAGAACUUGAGGCGUCGAAAGGAAGCUUUCCAACCUACUUAGGCCGGCCUUGGAAAAUGUACUCGCGGACUGUGUACAUGUUAUCGUACAUGGGUGAUCAUCUACACCCUAAUGGUUGGCUGGAAUGGAAUGGAAAUUUCGCACUUGACACCUUGUUUUAUGGAGAGUACAUGAACUAUGGGCCUGGGGCCGCCGUAGGCCAACGUGUCAAGUGGCCAGGGUACCACGUAAUCACAUCAACGGCUGAGGCUAGUAAGUUCACGGUGGCUCAGUUUAUUUAUGGAUCGUCCUGGUUGCCCUCAACCGGAGUGGCAUUCUUGGCCGGGCUAUCAAUAUAAAUCAGUGGUACAGUCAUACUAUCGGUUCCAAUAGCAAAUCAAUAUUCCAGCGAAUAUCAGUAUAAAUCGUUUCGACACGAUUAAUAUUGAAAACCCUGAUUACAAUGUGGUAUAUAGACGUAUACUGAUACUCCAAAGUCCAAGUCGAAUCUAGAUAUGUAUGGUACACUCUUUUUUCUUCUUCUUCUUCUUCUUCUUCUUCUUCUUCUUCUUUUUUUUUUUUUUUUUUUUUCCCUUUUUUAUUUAUUUGUUAUUAUCUAAAUUUAUAUGAUGUAAUAAUUAGUAUGGGCAUUGGGGCCUUCCGUUGGUAGAUUUAAUUGGAAAUACUUAUAGAUAGUGAAGUCGAA